AUGUUUCGGUUUUUCAGUUAUGAUACCCUCACCCUAUUCUUUCUUCUUCUUUCUUCUUCUUCUUCUGUCUUUCCCGCUAUAGCCACCCGGUCGCCACCCAAUCCUUUAACUGAAUUAACUGUCGAUAUUCAGAACGAAACGUGGCACAGUUUUAUUCGCUUUCUUGAUGCCGGAAAAGGCAGCCAUGUCACCGGCAUGGCCGAGCUCAAGAAAUAUUUUCAACGUUUUGGGUACCUCUCAUUCCCGGAAAAUAAUUUCACCGAUUUAUUCGAUCAUGAGUUUGAGUCGGCUCUGUUUAUGUACCAGAAAAAUCUCGGGUUAUCAACCACCGGAAAACUCGACUAUGAUACCAUGAAAGUGAUCAUGUCGCCCAGGUGUGGAGUUUCCGACACGACAACACCCCACAAUUUACAUGCAACGAAACACUACGCCUAUUUUUAUGGCGAGCCGAGGUGGACCAAGUCGUCGCCGAUGAUAUUAUCCUACGCUUUCUCUCCGGCCAACAUCAUCGAUUACAUAAGCUUAUCCGAUAUCAAAACAGUUUUUCGACGAGCCUUUUCAAGGUGGUCUUCUGUGAUUCCGGUCAACUUCACCGAGGCUGGGGAUUACUCCUCGGCCGAUAUCAAAAUUGGGUUUUAUAAAGGCGAUCAUGGCGAUGGGGAGGCGUUUGACGGGGUUUUGGGAGUUCUUGCACACGCUUUUUCGCCGGAAAACGGUAGGUUCCACCUGGACGCCGCCGAGACAUGGGCGGUGGACUUCACGGCGGAGAAGUCAAAAGCGGCGGUGGAUUUAGAAUCAGUGGCGACGCAUGAAAUUGGGCAUGUACUUGGGUUGGCUCACUCUUCGGUCAAAAACGCCAUUAUGUACCCAAGUUUGAGUCCGAGGACGAAAAAAGUGGACCUCAAAAUUGAUGACGUGGAAGGUGUCCAGGCUUUGUAUGGCUCAAAUCCUAAUUUUAGUUAUAAUUCUUUGUUGGAAUCAAACAUUUCAUCAAGUUGGGGAUUUAUAGCCAUGGAAAGAAGAAACGCGAUUUUAGUGUUGAUAGUAAUUAUUUUUUCUCUAUGCUUAUGA